UCCUCCUGUGGUACAGUCCAGAUAGAUGUCAGAGGGUUUUAAAUGAGAAAGAUCAGCUCCAGAGGCAGCUAGUGCAGCGACAGCUGGCCUGGACCAGGAGGCAGGCAGAGCAGAGGGGGGCUGUGAGGGGGAGUUCAUGGAUCUGCCGGACCUGCUCUGUGUAUGUAUGACAGGGACAGAUUAUGGAUAGCAGCAGAGAUGACUGAUGGUUUGACUCUGUGAGUGCAUUGAUGUACAGGCACGAGUGUGUUUGCAGUUUUUGGGGGGGGUUAUUGACUUGGAGUGUUUCUCAUUUGUUUCUCUCCAUCCCUCCUUUGCCUCCAUCAUGUUGAGCCCAUGCUGAAAGGACAGCAGUCGCCAUCCUGGGCCAUUUGCUGUUUGGCAUGCUCCAUCUCCCAGCCAGGACAGCGUCUCUUUCCCUCCUUCCCUCUGUCUGUCUGUCCUCCCUUGGCUCUGCUAGCUGCUGGUUAAAACUGGCUCUGAGGAGACAGUCGAAUUUCGUGGCCCUCGGCGACUUCUCACUUCCCAGCACUCCUUACCCGGGAUCCCAGUGGCCCUGAAACAAUCCAUCGACCUGCGCACCUCCAUGGACGGGAAAUACAAGGAGAUAGCUGAGGAGCUGUUCUCCCGCAGCCUGGCGGAGAGUGAGAUGCGGAGCGCCCCUUAUGAGUUUCCAGAGGACAGCCCCAUCGAACAGCUGGAGGAGAAACGCCAUCGCCUUGAGCGGCAGAUUAGUCAGGAUGUCAAGUUCGAACCAGACAUCCUCCUCCGAGCCAAACAGGAGUUCAUGAAGACGGACAGUGCCACAGACCUGGAAUUUAUGAAGGAGCAGAGCCAGGCUCCUAAUCAGCAGGACAGAGACGUGGUCCAAGAGAGCGAGUACCAGAGAGUCACUAUUUCUGGAGAGGAGAAAUGUGGGGUUCCCUUCACAGACCUGCUGGACGCUGCCAAAUGUGUGGUGAAGGCUCUGUUCAUCAGACAAAAGUACAUGGGUCUGUCGCUGCAGAGCUUCUACAGGACCACGGCUCGCUACCUGCAGGAGCUGAGCGAGAGACCGCUCUACUUGGACAUCUACGAGGAAGAGGAGGAGCUGGCAGAAACCACAGAGACCAGCUUCACUGCAGAUACCACGGUGCACCCACCUGCUUCUGACACGCACCCGUACGAGAACCGGGACCCCGCCAGCAUGGCCCCCGAUGUGGGUUACGGCUGUAAGAUGGUGAACGGCGUCAUGCACGUGUACACCAGCAGGGACGUUAUGGAAAAGAACACAGAGCUCGACCUGCCGUACCCAGACCUGCAGGAGUACAUCGCUGAUAUGAACGUCAUGAUGGCCCUCAUUAUUAAUGGACCCGUAAAGUCAUUUUGCUAUCGUCGGCUUCAGUAUCUCAGCUCCAAAUUCCAGAUGCACAUCCUGCUGAAUGAGAUGAAGGAGCUUGCAGCACAGAAAAAGGUUCCCCAUAGGGACUUUUACAAUAUUCGUAAGGUAGACACUCACAUUCACGCUUCGUCUUGUAUGAACCAGAAGCAUCUUCUUCGUUUCAUCAAAAGAGCCAUGAAAAAAUACCCAAAAGAGAUUGUGCAUGUGGAGAAAGGCAAAGGUCAGACACUCAUGGAGGUGUUUGAGAGCAUGAACCUGACGGCAUUUGACCUUAGUGUGGACACUCUGGACAUGCAUGCCGACCGCAACACCUUCCAUCGGUUUGACAAAUUCAACGCUAAAUAUAAUCCCAUCGGUGAAUCCAUCCUUAGAGAGAUCUUCAUCAAAACCGACAACUACAUCGAGGGGAAGUACUUCGGUCACAUUAUAAAGGAAGUGAUGGCGGACCUGGAGGAGAGCAAGUACCAGAACGUGGAGCUCCGGCUGUCCAUCUACGGCCGCUCCAGAAACGAGUGGGACAAGCUGGCCAAGUGGGCCGUCAGACACCAGGUCUACUCCAACAACGUGCGGUGGCUCGUACAGGUGCCACGACUGUUUGAUGUCUACCAUACGAAGAGACAGCUGUCCAACUUCCAGGAAAUGCUUGAGAAUAUCUUCAGGCCUUUGUUUGAGGUUACAAUCAACCCUGGCAGCCACCCAGAGCUGCACCUCUUCCUUCAGCAUGUUGUUGGCUUUGACAGUGUGGACGAUGAAAGCAAACCAGAGCAACAUAUCUUCAACCUGGACAGUCCACUGCCAGCCAACUGGACAGAGGAGGACAACCCGCCAUAUUCCUACUACCUCUACUAUAUGUAUGCAAACAUGACAGUGUUGAAUCACCUGCGCAGGCAGCGCGGCUCUCACACCCUUGUUCUGCGGCCUCACUGUGGGGAAGCGGGGCCGAUCCAUCACCUGGUGUCUGGGUUCAUGCUGUCGGAGAACAUCUCCCAUGGGCUGCUGCUUAGAAAGGCUCCUGUGUUGCAGUACCUGUAUUAUUUGGCUCAGAUUGGCAUCGCCAUGUCUCCUCUCAGCAAUAACAGCCUGUUCCUCAGCUACCACCGCAACCCUCUGCCAGAGUACCUGUCUCGAGGACUCAUGGUCUCUCUCUCCACAGACGAUCCUCUGCAGUUUCACUUUACCAAGGAGCCGUUGAUGGAGGAGUACAGCAUCGCUGCUCAGGUGUGGAAACUGAGCUCCUGUGACAUGUGCGAGUUAGCCAGGAACAGCGUCUUAAUGAGUGGAUUCUCUCACAAGAUGAAGAGUUACUGGCUUGGCCCAGACUACAUCAGAGAAGGCCAGGAGAGCAACGACAUCAGGCGCACCAACGUUCCCGACAUCCGUGUGGCGUACCGCUACGAGACCAUGUGUGAGGAGCUGAAUUUGAUCACGCAGGCCAUCCGCACAGAUGAGCUGGAGACCAUAGAGGAGGAGGGGGCAUUGUGUAUGGGAGCGGUGCAGGCAGAGAAGUGAACGUGCAGCACAGACGACUCAGCACACAGGCCACGUUUCCGCAUCUGGACAUUGUACCCGUUUGCAUAGAAACAUAUCACUUGUGAAAGGAAAGAAAAACCUUCCAUAUGGGAUGAUUACGAGCUGCUAACGUCAGAAAUUAAAACCUGUGUAUCUUCAGUUUUCUUCCUUUAGUUUCCAGGAGUCAUUUGUUUGGUUCCUGAUGCUUUUUUCCAAAAUGUCUCUUGACUAAGUUCUUCUAAGAGUAUCAUAGACUGUUCACAUAUUCUGUCACCAUUUACUGUAUGUCCAGUGUCUGUAACUGCUGUACCAAGUCUUGCACAUUUUCAAAAAUAUCAUGAAUAAUAAACAGGAUCCAAGAUUGA